GCACAUCUCACACCUGCAUCAAACCGUCACUCGCAUUGACGAGCUGCUGGACGACGAACGGCCACUGCCUUGGACCAGCGUGUUCAAGCACUAGCCAGACUCCGUGGCCAGCCGGAGCCGCUAAAGGGGACAAGACCACCAACAACCCCCCCGGCCCCGCCUCGAGAACCGCCUUCAUUUUCUCGACGAUCUGCACCUCUCGACUCUUCGGUUCGGCAACACCUUGGUUCACUUGUGGCCCAUUUCCGACCAGGUCUCCAUCACUCCUAAGGAUUCUUUCUUUCAUCAAGCGACUUGUCCACCAGCUGUCAUCCAAGGCCGUUCCUUACUGAAUCCAGCAUUGCUCCUUUGCAGCGUCACAAGCCUCGUUUACACCUGCCGACACCUUCUAAGCCAUCUUUCGCACUUAACUUCUUCCCUCAAUCCUUCGACUUUCCCCGCCAGAGAACACACUUUCCAUCCCGACUCACCGCAAGACCACCCCCUGUACCUGUUGGCUGACUUGCAUAUACCUCCCUCGGGAAGGACUCCCUGGUCAAUUGUCGCGGACCCACGUAGAGUCAAAGGCGAGGCCCGAUCAGAACUUCUAGCACCUCCGUCACUGUGGCCUCGAAAUUCGCUCGCUAAUCGGAGAAGGCACUUGUCUCGAGACCUGUAUAAUACUUCGUUUGUCAGCUACUGGCACACCUUCAAACACCGUCGUGUUUUCCGGCCCGAAUUGUCCAUCGUCCUGUUCUCCCUUGAUGCACUGACCUGCUGCGCCCAUAACCACAUGUGAUAUGGCAUUGGUGCUUCCACCAAGUCACCAUUCGAAUCGGAUCAUACACAGCCCUCUGCCGUCUCCUGCAGUUCUGCUUGCGACCGCAGGCAUGGGGGACGCCACCAAGGCCAAGCCAUCCCUCCCGUCAAUCGCCAGUCUGAUAGAGGCCGUAUCAGAGCAGGCUCAAAAGCUAAAAGACAAUGACCCCUCGCCUGUGUUCGACUAUCCUCCGCGAAGAAUAUCGGGGAGUUCUCAAGGACUUAACACAAGUCCUGACAGGCGGCAUGUUUCAAAAAGUCCACGCCAUCCUCCUCUUCCCACGCCAGAGCUGCCUCCAGCGUCGAGUUUCGACUUUCCGCGACCGUCUCCCACCAAAUACUCGCCAACCGUUGGGCAUGCUCGACCGUCACUUGCGAGCUAUUCGCCAACCGAUGCGCCCGGACGCAAUCAUCACUACCCGCCACUUUCUACAAGUGCAAACCUAGACCGGUAUGGUCAACGAAUAUCUAUAUAUCCCCCCAUUACGACCGAGGGACCGCCACAGCUGUAUCCCCCGAUUGCAGAUGGACCUCAGUGGGCUUCGGCACCUGCAAGGCCAAUAUCGGACGCCAUGCAGCUCGAUGUACCUGUUCGAGGCCAACAACCGGCACCAUUUCGCGAUCCGUCUUCCGACACGACGGCAUACAACAGCCUCACACAGCAGAGAUCUUUGCCCACCAAUUUCCCACCGCCCAUAGCUGGUCCGAGCUUGCCUCCGAUUGAACCACAAAUGGCGCCCACCUGGCAGCAUCAUCACUAUUAUCCGCCUGCACAGCCGCCAGCUUACCCGCAGCCGCAAGAACGAUAUGUCUGCCCAACCUGUAGCAAACCAUUUUCCAGACCGAGCUCCCUCAAAAUUCAUACACAUUCCCACACAGGAGAGAAGCCCUACCGGUGCAAUUACGCCGGUUGCGGAAAGUGCUUCAGUGUAAGGAGCAACAUGAAAAGACACGAGAGGGGCCACCGAGCACAGGGCCAAAACGAUGCGGGAAACGGGCCUGGUUCGAGCAACGAAUGACGUUCGCAAGGGACAAGUUCCAGGCUCAUAGAAAAAGAGCUUGUGAGACUACGCGACGUCGUAAUUGUGGCAAGUCUCUUUGAUCACGGAGAAAUGUCGAGUUGCGAUGCAUUUCCAGGCCGCCAUACCUUCUCAACGAUUCGGUUUGUGGCAAAAAGUGUCUUAUCUGCACCGAAAAUCUUACGCACGAUAUGUCUAUAAUUUUCUGACUUGGGCCGAGAUACUUUGGCGGCGAAUCUGUUACGAAGCCAUUUAUCAGCAACCUGCGAGUAUAUCAGCACCAGCAUAUGAAGAUAUAAUGUUUUGGCCUCUUUUUCGCGUUCAAGCGGCAUAGCAGGCGCGAGGUGAAAAAGGUACAAGGGUUAGGAAGGGAGCACUAUGCUCGUUACGCAACGACGAGUCGACGUGCAGUAACAGCUCACGCGUGGGAGACGGACUUUUUCUGUUAGCUUUCUUGGACAUUGUUUCUAUCAAGCAAGGUGCAAUGGAUGCGUGUGCGGGUUCAUGAUGUGCGGUGUGAGUUCAGACCGCGCAAGCGUGGCCCGGCUUCCCAGUAGCCAACAUGUGGCAUUCCCGCGAGCACCAACAGGGCUACCGCUGGCUUGGUCGGGGAAGGGCGCCAUGACUGUACAAUACGAAAUGCCGAGAUGAGAAGAUGCAGCCAGAUAGAUUGUACCAUACGACGGGGCGGGAAUUGGCUCGCUUCCUCUCAUGCGCAUCUGUCACAUUGGCGCAAUACCACAGUCCACU